CCUCAAGACUACCGGCAUGCAGCGCGACUGCCAACCCCUAGCCGCCAUGUUGUCGGUGUGAAAGCUCCAGCAACCGGAGAGUUUUGGGGCUGAAAUCCGUUACCAUCCACCUCCUCUGCCUGUGCAGUGGGAUGAGUGCAGUGUGUGUGCUGAAGAGGAAAGCCGUGCUCCCCUGGCGAGACUCUUUCAGCCCCCCCCUCCAGCAGCCCCCCCUGGACGCCAGCCUUCCCGCCAUGCCCGUGGUGCUGACUGGCGGAUCGGGCCACGCCCCAUCAAUGGGCCACGCCCCCCAGCCCGCCCCCCCGGGCCAGACGGGCGGAGCCGGGCGGUCGCAGGACGAUGCCAUGGUGGACUACUUCUUCCAGCGUCAGCAUGGGGAGCAGCACUGCGCCAAACCACGCUGGGCCCCCAGCGACCACACUCACCCCGACAACCAGGUGCGGUCGAUGGACGAGCUGAACCACGACUUCCAGGCCCUGGCGCUGGAGGGGAGAGCCAUGGGAGAGCAGUUCCUGCCAGGGAAGAAGUUCUGGGAGGCGGACGAUUUGGCAAAAGACGGACCAAAGGGCAUCUUCCUGGACCAGUGGCGGGACAGUGCCUGGGGAGCCUCGGACCACUCGGUGUCGCAGCCCAUCAUGGUGCAGCGUCGUGGGGGGCCAGGUUUCCAUGGCAGCAGCGAGGGGGGGGCGGUGCUGUCCCCGCGGUCGGAGGGGGGGGGGCUGGGCGUCAGCAUGGUGGAGUACGUCCUCAGCUCCUCCCCCGCAGAGAAACUGCCCUCCUGCCUGCGCAAGGGAGCCUUUGGCUCGGGGGAGGGGGAGGGUGAGGGGGAGGCACCGCGGGAGAAGAAGCCUGAUGACCUCAGCGACCUGAAGGAUGCUGAGAGCGAUGUCAUCGACAAACCCAACGGACUUCCUGUGCAGAAUGGCAUCGAUGUAGAUGUGAAAGACUUCAGCCGUGGGCCAGGUCCCUGCCCCGCCCCAGGGGUGGCUGUGGAGCUGCUGGGGGCCGGGGCGGCAGAGGGCCCGAAGGCGGUUGAGGAUUUCGGGGGGGUGGAGUCUCAGAGCGUGCCCCUGGACCACAUGGAGUCGGUGGGGAUGGAGCCACUGCAGUUUGACUACUCCGGGACCCAGCUGCCCAUGGACUCCACUGCAGCCAUCGGCCUCUUCGACUACAACUCCCAGCAGCAGCUGUUCCAGAGGCCCAGUGCGCUGACUUUGCAGCAGCAUGCGCUGACUUUGCAGCAGCAGUACUCCCUGGCAGCAGCUCAACAACAGCACAUGGGUCUGGCCCAGGCUGCGUUCAUGCCGAACCCGUACAUCAUCAGCGCCCCCCCUGACCCCUACACUGCAGGGCUCGCUGCCGCUGCUACUCUGGGCCCGGCGGUGGUGCCCCCGCAGUACUACGGCGUGACCCCGUGGGGGGUGUACCCCGCCAACCUCUUCCAGCAGCAGGCCGCCGCGGCCGCCGCGUCCAGCUCAGCCAAUCAGCAGGCAGCAGGCCAGGGCCAGCAGAGCCAGCAACAGGUGCUGCGGACAGGAACUAACCAGCGACCUUUGACCCCGAACCAGAGCCAGCAGAGCCAGCAGACAGAGCAGAUGGUUGCCGCGGCAGCAGUGAACUCUGCGCUGGCCUUCGGGCAGGGCCUGGCGGCCGGGGUGCCUGGUUAUCCGAUGCUGGCUCCCGCUGCAUACUAUGACCAGACAGGGGCGCUGCUGGUGAACACUGGUGCCCGCAGUGGCCCUGUACGACUUAUGGCCCCUGCACCCGUCAUCAUCAGCCCCUCCGCCGCACAAGCAGCCGCGGUAGCAGCGGCAGCCUCGGCAAGUGGUCCCGGGGGGGCCAUGGGUCCCGGGGGGGCCAUGGGUCCCGGGGGGGCCAUGGGUCCUGGGGGGGCGAUGGGGACGGGGGCCAGUGGGGCGUUUCGGGCCUUGGCCUCCCAGCAGCAGCAGAGCAGUCUCACCGCCUCCAGCUCCUUCUACGGCUCACAGGCUCCGCCCCCGGCCCCGCCCCAGGCCCCGCCCAGCUCCCAGAGCAGCUCUCUGUUCUCGCAGGGCCCCGCCCAGCCUGGGGGCGGGGCUCUGGGCUUCGGCUCCUCCUCCUCCCUGGGCCCCGCCCUCGGCGCCUCGCUCAGCUCUGCCCUGGGGGGUUUCGGCACCGCGGGUGGGGCCUUCCCCAGCCCCUCCAAUCAGCGCACAGUGGUGAGCUCCAGUACAGGCGGCGGGUCUCGGCGGGACUCUCUGACGGGCGGGUCGGAACUCUACAAACGCGCCCCCAGCAGCCUCACUCCCAUUGGCCAGAGCUUCUACAAUGGGCUGGGCUUCUCCUCCCCUGGGCCAAUCGGCAUGCCCCUCCCCAACCAGCUGCCCAGCCACUCCCUAACCCCGCCCCCCUCACUCUCCACACACGGGUCGUCCUCCAGCAUCAACCUGGGAGGCCUGACCAAUGGGAGCGGGCGGUACAUCUCUGCGGCGCCGGGCGCGGAGGCCCGGUACCGGGGGGGCGGGAGCAGCUCCUCCCUGUUCAGCCCCAGCAGCCAGCUCUUCCCGUCGUCACGGUUACGCUACGGCAUGUCGGACGUGAUGCCGUCCGGCCGCAGCCGGCUGCUGGAGGACUUCCGGAACAACCGCUAUCCCAGCAUGCAGCUGCGCGAGAUCGCCGGGCACAUCAUGGAGUUCUCCCAGGACCAGCACGGGUCCAGGUUCAUCCAGCUGAAGCUGGAGCGUGCGUCCCCAGCAGAGAGACAGCUGGUGUUCAGUGAGAUCCUGCAGGCAGCCUACCAGCUCAUGGUCGACGUCUUCGGAAACUACGUCAUCCAGAAGUUCUUUGAGUUUGGCAGUCUGGAUCAGAAGCUGGCUCUGGCAGAGAGGAUUCUGGGCCAUGUCCUCUCACUGGCGCUUCAGAUGUACGGCUGCAGGGUCAUACAGAAAGCGCUCGAGUUCAUCCCAUCUGAGCAGCAGGUCAUCAGUGAGAUGGUGCGGGAGCUGGACAGCCAUGUUCUGAAGUGUGUGAAGGAUCAGAACGGGAACCACGUGGUGCAGAAGUGCAUCGAAUGUGUGCAGCCUCACACCCUGCAGUUCAUUAUCGAUGCCUUCAAGGGCCAGGUGUUCGCUCUCUCCACGCACCCCUACGGCUGCCGGGUGAUCCAGCGAAUCCUGGAGCACUGCCUGCCUGAGCAGACCCUGAGUAUCCUGGAGGAGCUGCACACACACACCCAGCAGCUGGUGCAGGAUCAGUAUGGGAACUACGUAAUCCAGCAUGUCCUGGAGCACGGCCGCACGGAGGAUAAGAGCAAGAUCGUGGCUGGCGUCCGGGGGAAUGUGCUGGGACUCAGCCAGCACAAAUUCGCCAGUAACGUGGUGGAGAAGUGUGUGACCCACUCUUCGCGGGCGGAGCGGGCCCUGCUGAUAGACGAGGUGUGCAGUCUGACCGACGGGCCCCACAGCGCCCUGUACGCCAUGAUGAAGGACCAGUACGCCAACUACGUCGUGCAGAAGAUGAUCGACAUCGCUGAGCCCACGCAGCGCAAGAUCAUCAUGCACAAGAUCCGGCCCCACAUUGCCACUCUGAGGAAGUACACGUACGGGAAGCACAUCCUGGCCAAGCUGGAGAAGUACUACAUGAAGAACGGGGUCGACCUGGGGCCCCUGUGCGGCCCCCCCAACGGCAUGCUGUAAACUCCCAACCAAUCACCUGCCUUUAUUCCCCAACCCCCAACCAAUCACCUGCCUUUAUUCCCCAACCCCCAACCAAUCACCUGCCUUUAUUCCCCAACCCCCCCAACCAAUCACCUGCCUUUAUUCCCCAACCCCCCAUCCAAUCACCUGCCUUUAUUCCCCAACCCCCUAUCCAAUCACCUGCCUUUAUUCCCCAACCCCCCAUCCAAUCACCUACCUUUAUUCCCCAACCCCCUAUCCAAUCACCUGCCUUUAUUCCCCAACCCCCCAUCCAAUCACCUACCUUUAUUCCCCAACCCCCCAUCCAAUCACCUACCUUUAUUCCCCAACCCCCUAUCCAAUCACCUACCUUUAUUCCCCAACCCCCCAUCCAAUCACCUGCCUUUAUUCCCCAACCCCCCAUCCAAUCACCUGCCGUCAGCACCCAGAUGCCAGCCUGGGUGUGUUGUGCCACAGGCUCCGCCCCUUUGCCUUUCCUCCAAUGAUGUGGCCUUGGGGGCGUGGCCUUAAAGCAGCCUGCGGAGGUCCUUUCUCUUUAACCCACUGCCGUUAGCAACGGGCAACACUGCUGUUUCCACGGGAACGGGUGGCAGCCAGCCGUUUCCACGGAUACAGAUCCAGGAAACUGUGUGAUUUGGGGAGCGGAGCUGUUCUCUCCCCCCCCCCCCCCCCCCCAACCCCUCCCGCAGAAUCAAGCCUUUCCUACUGCAACACGGACAAAGACCCGCUCAGUUCUGUUCUAAAUUCAUUUCCAUUGGGAAUUCUUUGGCUCCACUGGACCAGAACCUAGAGCUCGUCUGGACCAGAACCUAGAGGUCCUUUAACCCGGGGUGCGGUGCCAUUAUAUAGCAUGAGACUGAAGCUUCGCGUCACGUUUUUUAUUUUUUGGGUUUUUUUUGUCUUGCUCCGAUAAAUAGAUCGUGUAUACUUGGUGUAGACUUUUGCAUAUAUUAUAAUAUAUAUUAUAUAUACAUAUAUGUAUAAAACCUUUGUAGUUUUUCUGGGUUUUGAUGUUGAUUCUGUAUCAAUAAUGUACUCCAGUAGUGCUCUCAGACUGAUUGUAUAAUUGUACAUUUGUAAACCUCCUGUACUGUAAAUGUGGAAAACUUGGAAUCGCUUCUAAAAGCUUUUUGGUAAAAAGGAAAAUCAAAAAAGGAAAAAAAUGAGAAGCCUGUGCAUCUGGGUGUAUAGUAAGCCUGCGGGGGGCGGCGUAUAUUUGUUGUAAAUUGUAAUAUGAGAUUUUGUUUUGAGAAGCCUUUUCUUAUCCUUGUACAAAGAACAGAAAACAUGUCUCUACCCCUUAAACCACGGAAGAAAAAAAAAGCCCAUUUACUGUUAAAAUGACCCCUAUUUGACAAGUGACUUUUUUAGAUCUUUUAAAUGUAAUGUUUUUUUCACUGCCUGGGGUUAACUGUGCGUUUCCUGCGGUGUGACCCCUGACCUCUGCUCUUCCAUAAAGGGGGUCAGAUUUUGUACGGAUGAUGUCUGGCAGUUCUUCGUUUAACAGCAGGAUGGGAAUGCAGUGCUUUUGUACGUUCUCCAGGCCUUGUGAAUAUUUCCGAUGGACAUUUUUGCAGCUCACUUGUAACCUUGUGUAAAGUCAAAACUAAAUCCUGUGUACGCUUAUCGCCUGGGCAACUAUAUUUUGUAACUUGUUGUAGAUUGUCUAAAAAAUGUGUGAUCUUUAUUUUGAAACAAAAACCCUAAAAUUU